GGGGGCGAAACUGAACCGGCCAUGGCAGCAGCGGAGGAGGAGGACGGGGGCCCCGAAGGGACAAACCGCAUGCGGGGCGGGGCGGGCGCGGCCUUCGAAUGUAACAUAUGUUUGGAGACUGCUCAGGAAGCUGUGAUCAGUGUGUGUGGCCAUCUGUACUGUUGGCCCUGUCUUCAUCAGUGGCUGGAGACGCGGCCAGAGCGGCAAGAGUGCCCAGUGUGUAAAGCUGGGAUCAGCAGAGAAAAUGUUGUCCCUCUUUAUGGGCGAGGGAGUCAGAAGCCCCAGGAUCCCAGAUUGAAAACUCCACCUCGUCCCCGGGGCCAGCGACCAGCUCCAGAAGGCAGAGGGGGAUUCCAGCCAUUUGGCGACACUGGGGGCUUUCACUUCUCAUUUGGUGUCGGUGCUUUUCCCUUUGGAUUUUUCACCACUGUCUUCAAUACCCACGAACCAUUCCGCCGGGGUGCAGGUGUGGAUCUGGGACAGGGGCACCCAGCCUCCAGCUGGCAGGACUCCCUCUUCCUGUUUCUUGCCAUCUUCUUCUUUUUCUGGCUGCUCAGUAUUUGAGCUGUGUCUCCUUUCUGCCCACCUCCAGCCAGAGGAGAAUCAGUAUUUGGGGUCCCUGCUGACCCUGCCUUACUUCAGGGCCCCUCCCUCCAUUUGUGUUGGCUAAGGCCAACCAUGGCCACUCUCAGGAGGGUGUGGGGAGGAGUGACAUCUAUCUGUGCAUAGGCUGGGAGAAGCAUCUGCUCUGAACUGCGCACGCUCACUCGGUAGCAGUGUAUCUUCCAGCUGUGGGAGAGGAGGAUGGACUGAAGAGAAGGUCGGUUUCUCCCCUCCCCUCAUCCUUCACUUCCCUCCACAUUUCUUGAUUUAAUGUUGAAAGGUGGGCAAGGCUCCCUCUUACUUUCCCCCACUUUCCCCUUGUUGGUUUAAUUUAAUUUUUCUCUCCCCAGAGUUUAAUAUGGGUUCUGAUUUUAAAUGCUUCCUUUCCCUCACUACUCCUUUUCCUUUAUUACAAAUUCAAUAAACAGGUGAGAUGUGUUGA